UUUCCAUACACAUCUUUCAUGUCAAACAUGUUUGCUAUGCCAAGCAUGCCUUCAACAGCAUCAAUUUUAUCAACCUACACUGCUUUCGCUGCAUCGGCAAUGCUUAUCAGGACCAUGCUUAAUGAGGCACAAACCAUAACCAGCCAGCUAAUACCUCAGAAGCUCCAAGAGAAAAUAUUGUCUAGCCUCGGAAGCCUUUUCAGAAAUUCUUGCCAAUUGACCCUCAUCAUCAAUGAGUAUAAUGGUCUCACCAUUAACGAAAUCUACCAAGCUUCUGAAGUCUACUUAAGUGCAAGAAUCACCCCAUCUAUAGACGAGCUUAAGGUUUCUAAAGCUGCAAAAGAGAAGAACCUCUCAGUUACCAUCAACAAAGGCCAGGAGAUUAUAGAUUUAUUCGAAGGAAUCCAACUAAUAUGGGAAUUUGUCUGCUCUGAAACACAAAACACAGUUGUUGAUUACGAAACCUCCUCUCUAUCCACGGAAAAAUCAGAACAUAGAUCAGUUGUGCUAAGGUUCAACAAGAGAUACCAGGAGAAGGUGCUGAACACUUACCUGCCAUAUGUAGUAGAAAGAUCAAAAGCUAUCAAGGAAGAAAACAAGGUAGUCAAGCUCCAUUCAAUCGGAAGUCAUUGGGGAUCAAUCAACCUUGACCAUCCAUCCACUUUCGAUACAUUAGCAAUGGAUCCAAAACUCAAGCAAGAGCUGUUGGAUGACUUGGAUAGAUUUGUGAAGCGAAGGGAUUUCUACAGGAGAGUAGGAAAACCAUGGAAACGUGGGUACUUGUUAUACGGCCCUCCUGGUACAGGCAAGUCAAGCUUGAUUGCAGCCAUGGCUAAUUACCUGAAAUUUGACAUAUACGACCUCGAACUUACAAGUUUGCGCAGCAAUUCCGACCUAAGGGGAUUGCUAACCUCAACAGCGAAUCGAUCAAUACUUGUAAUUGAGGAUAUUGAUUGUAGCGCUGAGUUGCAGGACCGCCAAUAUGGAGGAUAUAACCAUGGUGAUAGCCAGUUGACACUAUCAGGAUUGCUCAACUUCACUGAUGGGUUAUGGUCAAGCUGUGGAGAUGAGAGGAUAAUCGUGUUCACCACCAACUACAAAGACAAACUAGAUCCUGCGCUGCUGAGACCAGGCCGAAUGGACAUGCACAUACACAUGUCCUAUUGCACUCCAAGUGGAUUCGAGAUUCUUGCUUCUAACUACCUGAAGGUCAAGAGUCAUUGCCUUUUCACACACAUUGAAAAACUGAUAGAGGAAGUGGAAGUGACUCCAGCUGAAAUUGCAGAGGAGCUCAUGAAAGGGGAUGAUGUUAAUGUUGAUGCUACGCUAAAUGGACUUGUUGGAUUUCUUCUGAGGAAAAAAGAAAUGAAAUGCAAAGAAUCGGAAUCCCAGGCCAAGGAAGAUAAACAAGUGAUUGAAAAUGAAGAGGCGAGCCAAGAAAUGGAGAAGAAAAGUAUCAAGGAGAAAACCAAGAAAAAUAAGAGGAAGGCGAAAAAAGGGAAAGGGAGAGUUGCGUAAGAAAAUGAACCAUGCUUGAUUAUUAUACCUAAAGUUUGUUUUCCAAAUUAAUUUCUAUAUCUAAAGUUUAUUUUCAAAAUUUAACAUAAUAA